AUGGGCGUGGAUCCUGAUUUCCUUGUUCUGUUUACAACCCUGGCCGAACAGGAAUCUGUUUCUAAACCCCUUCUCCUGUUCGACCUUCAUCUAGCACUGAUAGACAACGUGAACAGGAACACCUACAAGGAUGACGAAAAGGACGAGGAGGAGGACGGGAAACCCUCCCGGGAGCUGGCGUUAGAGUUGCUGGUUGUUCUGCUCAGCCACGCCUCUUUGGAACAACUAGAUCCCGCCCUGUUUCUGCCCUGGUUGGAGAGCAACGACCUUCUUCUUGUAUCUAUGGGAUAUUUAAUACUCGGAAAUUUUGCCACUAGUGAUACAAACAUAAAUACUCUAAUUUCAGGUCACGUGAUUGACUUAUUUUUUAAUAACUUGAACCUAGAAAAUGAGCGGGUUCACCACAGUCUCCUCGGCUGUCUUCGAAAUUGUUGUAUAAAUGUAAAAACCCGGGAAAUUCUUCUUGGACGCCAUCUUGUUUCUAAAAUGGUGGACAUGGCGGGAAGGUCGAUAUCCACUGGAAUCAUGCUGAAAAUUGUCGCCAUUCUCCGUCUUUUGUCGCAAAAUAAUGAGGAUGUGUCGACAAAGAUUGGGACUGACUCCGUUUUUGUCGGCAAAGUAGUUAGUAUCGGCAGGAAUGGGACAGAAUUUUCCUCAACCCUGGGACAACUAAAUGUCGAGGCUGCCAGACUUUUCAGCUCCCUCAUCACCUCUUCUAAAUCCGAGGUCGUGUCCUCUACUUUAGUAGAGGCCGGUGUUCUUCCCUUCAUCCUCUCCCUGUUAAGUUCUGGACAUCCGAUUAUGUUAAACCAAGCCAUCCUUCCCCUCUGUAUCCUAUCAAUGUACUCCCCCCUUCAACCUAAUCUAGUUUUAUCACUGCCCCCAGAAAUAUUUGAUAAAAUAUCAAAUCUUAUCGAAAACCAAAUUGUGCCAAAUGAAAUCAAAUUUAACGCCUUGAAUUUCCUGGAAAAUCUGGGAAAUCAUAAGAAUGAACAAGUGUUGAAAAACAUGCGUGAAAGUGACCUAAAACGCUGUAUUGCCGUGUUUAAAGAAGAGCUAGAAAAAAUCCGGGAAACCGUGACCAGAGAAAUGGCGCAAAUCGAUUAUUUACUAAGUCUUCUGUGAUUUAAUCAGCAUUUAUGUUUAUGUAUUUUCAACAGUCUGUUACGUAUGUGAAGUUUGAUAUUUAUAAUGUACUUGUAGUCAUGCAUUAAUGUGAUUAUUUUUUCUGUUUCCAGA